AUGGCUCAAGAUUCAAACCUCACCCUGAUCGCAAAUGACAUUCUACAAGCGGAUGCUUCCAAGGAGACCUUGAAAGACCAGGUUAGCUUAAAGCAGGACGACAACAUCUCUGAGCAUGGCGUCCCUUCCGUUCCUUCAGGAGAGAAAGAGCUACAUGAUGACCUUCCACAGCCGGCUGCUUCCAAGGAGACCCUGAAAGACCAGGCCAGCUUAAAGCAGGACAGCGGUGUCUCUGAGCCUGGUGUACCUUCCGUUCCUUCAGGAGAGAAAGAGCAAGAGCUACACGAUUCAAAGAUCUCCCUGAUCUCAGGUGGCCUUCCACAGACGGCUGCUUCAAAGGAGACCCUGAAAGACCAGGUUAGCUUAAAGCAGCAUGACAGCCUCUCUGUGCACAGUGGUCCUUCCGUUCCUUCAGGAGAGAAAGAGCAAGAGCUAUCUGCUGCAGAGAGCAAAGAGGAUACAAGUAAAAAAUGCAUCAUCCCUCCAGUGUUGGUGGUCCCAGCCCCAUCCCUGGCGACACUGUCCUCUGAUGACUCAUUCAAGAGUGUGAAGGAAUCGGAGGAUGCUGCUGAAAAGGGUCUGGGAGGAACGACACCACCUGUCUUGAUUGAGCCCGAGUUGGAAGCACCUAACCUUGGGGAGGAAGAGGCCAGCCACGCUGCCUCGGAGAACGAUACCCCGGACAAAUUGCACAGCCUCUUGAACUGUCAGGUCUGCCAGCUCUUUGUGCGCACAGUGGACAGACUUCUGGACAAAACAGAGGAAGCCAUGGAUCAUUUCAUGCCCCUGACUGAGGAGGAGAUAAGCAAUUUGAAGCAAGCAGUCGAAGAUAUGGACACUUCCCCAGACGACCGCCAGAAGAAGGACUGCCUCGAAAGGAUCACGGCUUUGUCUUCCCGCCUCCGUCAACAGGCUUACAUGAUGGCCUUGGGCAAGCUCCGGCUGGCCAGACGCAGUACUCAGAGUAACCUCUCCCAUCUCCAUCUGACUAUUGACCUGAUUGAGCACGCACAGCAAGAUGCAGAGCCAGAAGUCAAGAGAAGCCACGUAAUGCUGAACGAGAUAUGUGCCCGCUGGAGUCAGGAAAGAGAGAGCACCGGAGAUCUCCAGCCAAGCAAACAAGAAGAAAGACAGAGCGCCGAAGAGCUUCCACCAAAGAAAGAAGAGGAAAGAGAGAGCGUCAAAGAGCUUCCGCCAGAGAAAGAAGAGGAAAAACAGAGCGCCGAAGAGCUUCCGCCAGACAAAGAAGAGGAAAGAGAGAGUGUCAAAGAUCUUCCAUCGGACAAAGAGGAGGAAAGAGAGAGUGUCAAAGACCUUCCAUCGGACAAAGAGGAGGAAAGAGAGAGUGUCAAAGACCUUCCAUCGGACAAAGAGGAGGAAAGAGAGAGUGUCAAAGACCUUCCAUCAGCCAAAGAGGAGGAAAGAGAGAGUGUCAAAGACCUUCCAUCGGCCAAAGAGGAGGAAAGAGAGAGUGUCAAAGACCUUCUGCCAGACAAAGAAGAGGAAAAACAGAGCGCUGAAGAGCUUCCACCAGACAAAGAAGAGGAAAGAGAGAGCGUUGAAGAGCUUCCGCCAGACAAAGAGGAAGAACAGAGAGUUGAAGAGCUUCCGCCAGACAAAGAAGAGGAAAGACAGAGUGCUGGAGAGCUUCCGCCAUACGAACAGGAGGAAGUUUCGGCCUUAAGUGGUGGCCAGAUUGAAGCUGCUGCACCUCUCCCAGUGGCCAAAAGUGCUGUGGAGGCCGAGGUGCGUAAGGAUGAAAUUGCAACAGAGGCUGGCAUAUCUCCUCUUGCUGCACAGAAAAGGCCAAUGGAGUCUGAUGAGUCUUCUGACGAGGAUUACCUCAGCGACGAUGCUCUAAUGAUUAUGACCGUACCUGGCUGUAGAGAAGAACACGGCUUCCGUACUCCCGAAGUAGAAUCUAAGACCUUGGAAAUGUCCCGCACCGUGACCCUCGACCUCCUGAGCACCUAUAAGAACCUCUUGGCCACUCUGAAAGACCUGCCGCUCAACCUCAAGCGCAAGCUGAACCAAAGUUACCAGCACAUGGCAGAGCUGCAUGCGAGAUUCAGCAUGGCCCGCUCCUUCGCCGACAUCCCGGGCAGCAUCUUGGCGAAGGGCUUGGAGAUCAUGGUUCAAGCGCAGGAGUCUAUGGACGAAGUGAUGGAGUUUGCCUUCCAACACCCCUUAAGCUUGUUGGGCCAAGAUCAACCCCUAGCGACGGCAACACCUUCUGCCCAGGAGAAGGAAGAAACGGACAUCCUGAAAAUCCAAGCCGCCUAUGAUCCCAAAGGUUGUGAGGACAAGUUCUAA